GUGCAUUGAUUGGUGCCUAUACAAUUAUGAAAAAUUAAGAUGAGAUUCAAGAACUUUUAAUAACUUUUUUUAUUUUUGUUGAAUGUAUAAUUUCAAUAAUAAUUAAGGCUAGUAACAUUAGAAUUUAGAAAUGGAGGUUGAAAUUGGGAAGCGACUAAGAUGGUAAUGGUUCAUUAAUCGGCGUCGCAUCCGUAGCUGGAUCCGGCAGAACCCUAACGCCCCCAUUUACCCUAAAACCUCCCACCGCCGUUACACAUGGCGGCGAUAACCAAACGCCUCCUCCAUCUCCGCCCCACCUUCCACUCCUACACUCGCCCUUAUCCUUACCCCCUCCGCCACUUCUCAUCCUCAUCCGAUCGCGACGACGACGAUUCUCAAUCCGAACAAUCGCGAACGCGUUCUUCAGUCUCCUCGAGCCUCAACGAUGUCAGAGCCAGCCUCCAAAACCGACCGCCGUUGGACCGCCUCCAGCCUCCUCGUGGUGGUCUGCCUCAGAACCCGGCGCUGGCUCGUGACAUGCUCGCGGAGUUCCGCUCCCGCUCCGCGCCGCCACCGCCUUCCAGCGGUAAAUACUCCUCAUUUCAUGAGCUUUUCGAGAAGAACCACAAACCCAAGGGCGAGAACUCCGACGCUGGGUCUAGUAUCGAUUUUGGUGGCGCAAACCACUCAUUCGACUCCUUUCGCGAAAGAUCGAGUAAGCUCAACCUGCCUGGAGCCGCGGAUUCUGGAAGGAGGCCCGUUGAUUUUGGGUCGGUUUCGAACCUUACAAAAGAUUUGAAGAUGAAAGUUGAUCCGAAUGGCAAGCUCGCUGCGGGAAGUGGGGGUUCGAUUUCACGCUUUUGGCAGAAGGACUUCAAGGGAAAAGGGGGCGGCGUGGGAAAUAGGACGGAGUAUGGGAAGUAUCAUGAGCAGUUGGAAUUGGGAAAGAGGCUACAGGCGAUGAGACCAGAGAAGCGGAAAGGGAAGUGGUUUUCGUUGCAGGAAAUGGGCGACAGGCUUGCUAAGCUCAAGGAGGCUAAGAAACAGGAGACUGGAAAAUUCCCGUCUGGAGUCCAAAAUGCACUUGCAGAUAGUCUUUCUAAAUUGACUGAGGACAGUAAAGAAAAUGAGAAGAAAGUGCCGCAGGCGACCAUGGGUGUUUUGAGUUCCAUGGGUGCGGCCCUAGAAGAGAAGGUAGCAGGACCCCCAAAAGAUCAUUUAAUUGAGAAGUAUUUUCAUCCUGACAAUAUGUCAUCUGCUGAGAAACUGAAGUUGGAGCUUCAAAAAGUAAGAGAUGAAUUUAAAAUGUCGGAGUCAGAUUGUGGUUCUGCUCGUGUUCAAGUUGCUCAAUUGACAACAAAGAUUAAACAUCUGUCAAGUGUUUUACAUAAAAAGGAUAAGCAUUCUACAAGGGGCCUUCUAGCAAUGGUUCAAAGGAGGAAGAAGCUGUUGAAAUAUCUCAGACGGACUGAUUGGGACUCCUACUGCCUUGUUCUUUCGAAGCUUGGUCUCCGUGAUAACCCUGAUGUUAAAGCCUAGGCGACUGCUCCAAUGGGAAUUGAGUUUUCAGGUAAGAAAUUUCUGUAGUAGAUGCAUGCAGUCUUUGCAGUGAUUGCAUUAAUUUUGUGUUUUUGGCAACAGUUUGUUGGAACAAUAGAAAUAUGUUGUUUUCUUUCUGGAAACCUGAGUUCUUUUAACAUGGAUACAUACGGGGGGUAAUUUUAGCCCCCAAAUCUGGAAAUUUUCGGCCAUCCAAUAAUGUAAAUUAUGUUUGUUAUAGUUUCA